AACUUUCUCUCAAACCAUACCAAACUUUUUAUCUAUACUCCAAGGAGUGCAGAUGCGUCUAUGGGCGGAUCACAGCUUCAGUCUCUCGUGGCAUUUUCCGAUUACGAAAAGUCCAAUUCUCUCUCAUGGCAUUUUCCAAUUGGACAAGAAGAAAUGUCUGUAUCCAAAUGGCUGAUCUCACGAGGCACUGACCAAUCAAUCCCCAAUGCCUAUUUAACCUCUCUCGCAUUCCAACGCCGACGCAGCACACCAUCCCUACCCACCAUUUUUGGAAGCUUUCCCCGAUACGACCCAGGUUUGGUUCAAUAUAUUUGUUGUUACUUCUUUCCCAGAAUGGAGUUCAAGGGAGAGAUGAUAGAGAAUGGUUUGGAUGAAGGAGAAAGGGACGGUUGCAACUCUUUUAUUGAUGAGGUGAAGGUGGACCCUGGGAAACCCGCAUCACUUACUUGGCAGAGAAAAAUAAACAGUGAGGGCAAUGUCCCUUCUGAAUUCGCUUUAAGUUUGAAAGACAAAUUUCAUUUGGCUUCGAUAGGUCUUCGGUUGUAUCUUCAUGUCCAAGAAGAAACUGCCAAAGGAAGGGAUAUAUUUAUUAAUCCUUUUGAAAAACGUGAUGUCUCAGCUUGCCAUGGCAUCCCUUUGGGUGGUAUUGGCGCUGGAAGCAUUGGAAGAAGCUACAAAGGUGAAUUUCAGCGGUGGCAAAUAUUCCCUAGAAUGUGUGAAGAAAAGCCAAUUUUAGCAAAUCAAUUUUCUGUUUUUGUUUCACGCCCAAAUGGUGAAAAAUAUUCUACUGUAUUGAGCCCUGGGAGCCCACAGCCUCUCCAAGAGACUGCGGAUUCAGGGAUUGAGUCUUGGGACUGGAAAUUGAAUGGGCAUAAUUCUACAUAUCACGCUUUGUUCCCAAGGGCUUGGAGUGUAUAUGAAGGAGAACCUGAUCCAGCACUAAGAAUAGUUUGUCGUCAGAUUUCACCAUUUAUCCCUCAUAACUAUAAGGAGAGCAGUUUCCCUGUAGCAGUUUUUACUUUCACGCUAUCUAAUUCUGGAAAGACAGCUGCAGAUGUCACUUUGCUUUUCACAUGGGCAAAUUCGGUGGGUGGGGUUUCUGGAUAUUCUGGUCAUCACUCCAAUUCAAAGAUUAUGAUGCCGGAUGGUGUGCAUGCUGUGCUCCUACAUCACAAGACUGCAAAUGGUCUAUCUCCAGUGACUUUUGCAAUUGCUGCAGAAGAAAAAGAUGGUGUUCAUGUCUCAGAGUGUCCCUGUUUUGUCAUUACCGGAAAUUAUCCUAGUAUCACAGCGAAGGACAUGUGGUCUGAAAUAAAAGAGCAUGGAUGCUUUGAUCGCCUUAAUGCUGCUACAACGUCAGUGCCUUCUGAGCCAGGAGCAUCUAUUGGGGCAGCCAUUGCAGCCUCCCUCACAAUUCCAUCAGAUGCAGUACGUACUGUUACGUUUGCACUGGCAUGGGACUGCCCUGAAGUGAGCUUUUCAAGUGGAAAGACUUAUCGCAGGCGUUAUACCAAAUUCUAUGGUGCUCAUGGGGAUGCUGCAGCAAGUAUUGCACAUGAUGCUAUUCUUGAACAUGGACAUUGGGAGUCUCAGAUUGAUACGUGGCAAAGACCCAUUCUCUAUGACAAAAGGCUUCCUGAGUGGUACCCAGUCACUCUCUUUAAUGAGCUCUACUAUCUCAAUUCAGGGGGGACAGUUUGGACAGAUGGAUCACCUCCACUGCAUAGUUUAGUAAGCAUUGGAGAAAGAAAGUUUUCCCUUGAUAGCUGGAGAUCAGAUUCUAAGAUUCCCACUGAUAUAUCCCAUGAAAAUGACACUGCUGUUGACAUUCUUGAGAGGAUGACAUCAAUACUUGAGCAAGUACACACCCCAAUUAGAUCAAAUUCUGCUUUUGGACCAAAUUUGCUUCAACAGGGGGAAGAAAACAUUGGUCAAUUUCUCUAUUUUGAAGGGAUUGAAUAUAGAAUGUGGAACACUUAUGAUGUUCACUUCUACUCAUCUUUUGCAUUGAUCACAUUAUUCCCAAAACUUGAGCUUAGCAUCCAAAGGGAUUUUGCCGCAGCAGUAAUGAUGCAUGAUCCUAGUAAGAUGAAACUUCUAAAUGAUGGACAAUGGGUCCCAAGAAAGGUUCUUGGUGCAGUUCCCCAUGAUAUUGGACUCCAUGACCCAUGGUUUGAAGUUAAUGCUUACAACCUUUAUAAUACGGAUCGGUGGAAAGACUUAAAUCCAAAAUUUGUUCUCCAAGUUUACAGGGAUGUGGUUGCCACAGGUGAUAAGAAAUUUGCAGCAGCUGUUUGGCCUUCUGUGUAUGUUGCAAUGGCAUAUAUGAAUCAGUUUGACAGGGACGGGGAUGGAAUGAUCGAGAAUGACGGUUUUCCUGAUCAAACAUAUGAUACAUGGUCUGUUUCUGGGGUGAGUGCAUAUAGUGGUGGCCUCUGGGUUGCAGCCUUGCAGGCUGCUUCAGCCAUGGCACGUGAAGUUGGCGACAGAGGUUCUGAGGAUUAUUUUUGGUUUAAGUUUCAGAAGGCAAAGGCUGUAUAUGAGAAGUUAUGGAAUGGUUCCUACUUUAAUUAUGACAAUAGUGGCAGUAGAACAAGUUCAUCCAUUCAGGCUGAUCAAAUGGCUGGACAAUGGUAUGCUCGGGCAUGUCAUCUUUCACCCAUUGUUGAUGAAGACAAAGCAAGAAGUGCACUUGAGAAGGUGUAUCAUUUCAAUGUUUUAAGGGUGAAGGAUGGGAGACGAGGGGCUGUGAAUGGGAUGUUACCUGAUGGGAAAGUUGACAUGUCAUCAAUGCAGUCAAAAGAAAUAUGGCCUGGAGUUACAUAUGGUGUUGCUGCAACAAUGAUACAUGAAAACAUGCUGGAUAUGGCAUUUCAAACUGCUGCUGGAAUAUAUGAAGCUGCAUGGUCUGAAGAUGGACUUGGUUACUCUUUUCAAACACCAGAAGGCUGGAACACAGAUGACAAAUAUCGAUCUCUUGGCUACAUGCGACCUUUGGCUAUCUGGGCAAUGCAGUGGGCAUUAUCACCACCAAAACUUUAUAAGCAGGAGUUGAAAAUGGAAGGAAAGGAAGAUAUAUUUUCCAGGCACCAUGCUGGGUUUGCAAAAGUUGCUCACCUUCUCAAAUUGCCAGAAGAAGUAGCUUCUAAAAAUUUGUUGCAGAUUAUUUAUGACUGCACGUGCAGGAGGCUGUGAGUUUGAGACAUGCUUUAUGAAAGAAUCUGUGAAUAAAUAUGACUGCUGUCGUUUCAAAGCAGCAGCUGCUUGAGAGUCUUGAAUGGCUCCAAUGAUCCAGUCAUUCUUCAAAUGGCAGGGAAUGGCAUGAACUAUGCAUGCUUCUUCAAGAAAUUAAAGUUAUAGCCUUGUUCAGCUCAAGCAUAUAUUUUUCUAAUUUUUGGCCACUCUGGAUUAUUAGUAAACGUGAAUGAUUGAUAUUAGGUUAUGCAAGUGAAGUGCCGGACAGUAUAUGGGAUGUUUUAAAAAAAUCCUUAAUUUUAUAAUAAAGAUACAGGAUUUCUUGUAAAA